AAGGAUACUUCCGGCAACCACUGGAAGUUUACACCUGCGCACUCCCGUAACGGCGCCGGAAGUGAGUGCUGACCACCCGCAAUGGCGGACCCGCGGCGGCCCGCGCGGGUUACGCGGUACAAGCCGCCCACCACCGAGAGCAACCCGGCGCUGGAGGACCCCACGCCGGACUACAUGAACCUGCUGGGCAUGGUGUUCAGCAUGUGCGGGCUGAUGCUCAAGCUGAAGUGGUGCGCCUGGAUCGCUGUCUACUGCUCCUUCAUCAGCUUCGCCAACUCACGCAGCUCUGAGGACACAAAACAGAUGAUGAGCAGCUUCAUGCUCUCCAUCUCAGCUGUGGUGAUGUCCUACCUGCAGAACCCACAGCCCAUGUCCCCUCCGUGGUGACAAAAAGGGCUCCUGCUUUGGGGCUGUGACAAUAAAGGGGCGGCUGUAGGGGCUGA